UAUAUAUAUAUAUAUAUAUAUAUAUAUAUAUUCAUACAUCGAGAAACAAUGGAAUCCAUCUUAUCAUCUAUGAAAAUAGGACUACGUUGUAUUUCUGUUUCUACAAGUAUAAACGUGAUUUCACAAACGAUGACAUCAGUAAAAACCAUAAAAAUAACGGUAAAUAUAACGCAUUAUUAUGGGUUAUCCCGCCGAUAAUUAAAAACGAAUGUAAAUCCCAUAUCACGGAGUAAAUCUAUGUAUAACUUUCACCGCGUACCAUUUUUCUAGAUAAUUUCUACCGGUUGCGAUUAUCAAACAAAAAAUUCGAUUUUAAAUUAUAAAAAAUUGAAUAAAUGUGUAGAAAAAUAAGUUUUCAUUAUUAUCUUUGAAUAAUUCUAAUUAAAAAAAUAAUUAAAAAAUAUUAUCACGUUUCUCGUAUGGUUGAAAAUUGAUUAUGAUGAUGAAGAUGAAGACGUAUAAAAAAAUUCUCCCAUAUAAUCUAAAUAAUAUAUGGUCUUUUUGUCUUUCUCUGUCUCUCUUUCUCUCUCUUUCUCUUUCUCUCGAUCAAAUUCUUUCUAAGAUGAUCCAAAGAUAGGUAGAAGAAAUACCGUAAUAGAGAGAGAAGGCUAUGGGACAGAACAGUGAAACCGUAAGUAGUUUUUUUUCUUCCCAUACGUACAUAGAUACUUAUAUACAUAUGUAUACGUAUAAAUAUACAUACAUGCAUACUGCAAACCGGUCGUGAAACUACUUCAUGCCACAUGAAGAGAGUCGAAGUCAGUCAUCGAGAAACUUUCGAAACGAGCGUGCGUGUCCUGGCCUGAAUCAGGCCCAAGAUGGCUUUCGGCUUUACAUUGAUAUUCUUUGUUAUCGCUCUUGGUACAUUUGUCGAUGCUGGACCUUAUACAAACAUCAGCGAGCGAAUGCUCAAGGACGAUGUUAUUACGUCCGAUAAAGACAAUUCCUUGAACGAGAACCAAAACACCGAAAGUUUUAUUAUUAAUAAAGACACGGAAAAAUCAAUACCUAUCGAUGUAUAUGAUGAUGAAUAUGAAGAUGAAGACGAAGAACUUGAAAAAUACAGAAUUUCAUCGAGAAAAUCGUCAGACGACAAUAACAGAGCAUUUUCUUUAUUUGGUACUGUUGAAUCUGUUUUCUCAGCAAUGGCAAAUAGUCUGAAUAAUAUUGUAAAUAGUAUGAUGGGAACACAGACGAAGAGUUCAGUUAUGCGAAGCAACAGAGUCAGUUAUAGAAAUCAUCAACUGAUAAGAAUAUUUCCUAUAACUGAUGAACAUAUUAAUGAACUCCGUGAGCUCAGGGAUUCUGAACCUGACGAUAUUAAAUUUUGGAAUGAUCCCAUAUCGAAUAGGACGACCGACGUCGUAAUCGCACCGGAAAUUGUCUCGGAUGUAAAGGAAUACUUGAAGGGUCAUCAAAUUGAUUUUAAAGUACUAAUAUCGGAUCUACAGACGAUCAAUUAUCAAAAUCCAAAGAUGUCUAAGGAACAACGUGCUGAUCUUGUAAGCAGUCAGGGACACACCAUGACUUGGAGACGAUAUCAUCGAUAUGGGGAAAUCCUUAGAUAUUUGGAAUACCUUGCAUUCAGAUAUCCAACUAUGGUUGAAAUAAUUACUAUCGGUCAUAGUUAUGAAGGAUUACCAAUAAAAAUGGCGAAAAUAUCAACAGGUCCUAAACGUGACGGUGAAGCAAAACCUGCGAUUUGGAUCGACGCUGGAAUGCAUGCCCGAGAAUGGAUCAGUGUUGCCGUUGCAACCUACAUAUUAAGUCAAUUGGUUGAAAAAAAUUCAUCUUAUACGAAAUUGUUGGAAGUUUCCGAUUGGAUGAUAUUACCUGUAGCAAACCCGGACGGAUAUGAGUACACACACACGUAUGAUAGACUAUGGAGAAAAACUCGAAGUUAUCAUGGAGAUCGAGAAGCCAGAUAUUCGCCAUCGAGUUUGUUUCAUUUAAUGUCACACUAUACCAAAUGGUUUUGGUCGAAAUGCGAAGGAGUAGAUCCAAAUCGAAAUUUUGGAUAUCAAUGGGGUGAACGUAACAAUGGUGGAACUAGUUUAGAUCCUUGUCACGAAACUUAUGCUGGUCCUUAUGCUUUUUCUGAACUUGAAACUAAAGCAAUUGCGGAAUAUAUUAUGGCUAAUCGACAGAACAUUAGAAUGUAUUUGACGUUACAUUCGUAUGCACAAAUGUGGUUAUCACCUUGGGCUUACGUUAGAAAUAGCCCAGCUGAUUAUUCAGAAUUAACAAACGUAGCAAAAAGAGCUGUGAACGCUAUAGCCAAAGUUCAUGGUACCCAUUAUCAAGCCGGUCCAGCAGCUGAUCUCUUAUAUCCAACCUCAGGAGCUUCGGACGAUUGGGCCAAAGUUACGGCCGGAAUAAAAUAUGCUUAUACCGUCGAACUUCGCGAUCGUGGAACUUAUGGUUUUCUACUUCCAGCAACGCAAAUUGUACCAACUGGAAGAGAAAUUUGGGCUGGAAUACGAGCGAUCGCUCGCCUAGUUACAUGCAACACGUAACGCUAAUCUUCUUACGUGAAUCUCUCGACUACUUGAUUUUAAUAGGAAAAUUAUCUAUAUUUUAUAUCGAUAGAUCAAUGAUAAAUUUAGAUAGAAUUUGUCGCGAGUACAACAUUAUUUAUGUGCACGAAGUUUUCAUUUAUAAUAUAAUUUUUCUUCAUUAGAACAUUUAUAUUAUAGCUAGUCAAAAUUUAACAUAUUAGAUAUUUAUGUAUUUCGAAAGUUAUACGUAUAUUCCCUCUC